AUGACUCCUCAGUCUGAGUCAUCCGUUGGAAAUGACUUUGGCGCCGCAUCAAGUGAUGCAUCAUUGACACCUGGUGUUCAGCUCACCAGUGAUUCGCACUUUACAUCAUUCAAUAACCACGAUUUAAGUGGCACCGACACCUCUGCGUUUGACUACAAUAUGUUUACCACUGUCAUCAAUGACCCAAGUUUCGACAUCUGGAUUUUGGACUUCCCACCUCUGAACGCUUGCCAUGACACUAGUGCUCAUCCCGGAGUCUUUCUCCCUCCAGUUCCUCCUGUGACUUCCCUCACAAAUGUUGGAGGUUCUGGGAUGCAGAACGAAGCACCGUAUCCUGAAGUCUUUCUCCCUCCCAUUCCUCCUGCGACUUCCCUCCCAAAUGUCGGAGGUUCUGGGACACCUCAUCCUGAAGUCUUUCUCCCUCCCGUUCCUCCUGUGACUUCCCUCCCAAAUGUAGGAGGUUCUGGGACACAGAACGAAGCACUGUAUCCCGAAGUCUUUCUCCCUCCGGUUCCUCCUGUGACUUCCUUCCCAGACAUUGGAGGUUCUGGGACGCAGAACAAUGCACCGACUUUGCCGGUCGAAGCCAGAACUAUGCCUCGUCGUGGAAGGCGUCUACAACAACCAAUGGCACCUACUUCGUCGGUUGAUCCAUUUGAUCCACUCCCAGAGGGGCGUCGCCGAGCACGAAAACCUUUUAAUGCGCAAGAAUGUGACAACGAGAUUGGUGGGCCAACAAAGUAG